GGAGGUCACCGGUUCGAGACCGGGCGGUGGCGGAGGUCAUGGCGCGGAGGUUUGCGUUGUUCGAUUUAGGCGGAGUGCUCUUCGGGCCCGGCCUGCAGCACUUUCUGGGCUCCUGCGAGCGGAGCUACGCCUUGCCCAGGAAUUUCUUGCGGGAUGUCCUGUUUGCAGGUGGCUCUGACAGCCCCCACGCCAAGGUGAUGCGGGGGCAGAUCACCCUGUCCCAGCUCUUCUUGGAGGUGGACGAGGGUUGCAGGCAGCACGCCUCCACUGCGGGCAUCACGUUACCAACCACCUUUUCCAUCGCCCAUGUGUUUGAGGAGAUGGCAGCCAAGGGCACCCUCAAUGCCCCACUGCUGCGGGCUGCCAGCAUGCUCCGGAGGAAUGGGUUUAAGACCUGUGUCUUCACCAACAACUGGGUAGAUGACAGCAUGGGGCGGCUCUUCACCUCCUCUCUGCUGACCGUGGUGCAGCGGCACUUCGACCUGCUCAUUGAAUCCUGCCGUGUGGGGCUGCACAAGCCGGACCCCCGCAUCUACACCUACGCCCUGGAGGUGCUGCAGGCACAGCCACAGGAGGUGAUCUUUCUGGAUGACAUUGGGGAGAACUUGAAGCCGGCCCGAGAGAUGGGCAUGGCCACCAUACUCGUCAGGGACACUGAUACCGUCCUGAAGGAGCUGCAGGAGCUGUCAGGCGUGCAGCUUCUCCAGCAAGAAGAACCAUUGCCGACCACCUGUGAUCCAGCCACCAUGAGCCAUGGAUACGUUCCCAUCCGGCCUGGUGUGCAGCUGCAUUUCGUGGAGAUGGGGCACGGCCCUGCUAUCUGCCUGUGCCAUGGCUUCCCCGAGUCCUGGCUCUCCUGGCGCUACCAGAUUCCUGCCCUGGCUGAUGCUGGCUUCCGUGUUAUUGCUUUGGAGAUGAAGGGCUAUGGCGAGUCCACAGCACCGCCAGAGAUAGAAGAAUAUUCCCAGGAGCAGAUCUGUAAGGACCUGACCAUUUUCCUGGACAAACUGGGCAUCCCACAAGCCGUGUUCAUCGGCCACGACUGGGGUGGUGCAGUGGUCUGGAACAUGGCCCUCUUCUACCCCGAGAGAGUGAGGGCCGUGGCCUCACUGAACACCCCAUACCGACCAGCAGACCCCACAGUGGACAUCGUGGAGACCAUGAAAAGCUUCCCUAUGUUUGAUUACCAGUUCUACUUCCAGGAGCCAGGCGUUGCAGAGGCUGAGCUGGAGAAGGACAUUGGCCGUACCCUGAAAGCCCUUAUCCGUUCCACCCGCCCAGAGGACCGCCUGCACUCGGUGCCCGGCCUGCUUGGUGUCCAGGAGCGAGGGGGGCUGCUGGUCGGCUUCCCAGAGGACAUUCCUGAGAGCCUCAUCCUGCACGGUGCUGAGCUGCAGUACUACAUCGAGCGCUUCCAGAGGUCUGGCUUCAGGGGUCCUCUGAAUUGGUACCGGAACAUGAGACCCAACUGGCGCUGGGCACUCUCAGCCAAGGACAGGAAGAUCCUCAUGCCGGCGCUGAUGGUGACAGCGGGGAAGGACGUGGUGUUGCUCCCCAGCAUGAGCAAGGGCAUGGAGGAGUGGAUCCCACAGCUCCGCCGGGGGCACCUGGAGGCGUGUGGCCAUUGGACACAGAUGGAGAGGCCAGCAGCCCUGAACAGGAUCCUGGUGGAGUGGUUGGAGGGGCUCCCCCCGGAUGGGGCCAUGCUGAGGGUAUCCCGGCUGUGAGCAUCCCUGCAGCUCCAUCCCAGGGCUGCCCUCGCCCUGGGGUUAUGCUGGGAGGGGGGA